UCUAACCAAUCAAGCAAGCAAGCAAGCAAACAAGCAAGCAUUGUUGCACUUUGAGUUUACUGGCUUCUCGUCAAACGAAUAGAAACAGGUGAUCGACACAGGUUACAUCAAAUUUCAACAUAUAUUUCACAAGUUUUAAGAUAUUAUAUAUACUACGAAAACAUGUCCGGUUAAAGAAGACUACUUGCGGUUGUUGAUAGUGUCUGAGAGUGGUUGGGAGGGGUGAGAAAAGAAAGAGGGGCGAGUAUUUCCCUGGUGAAUACUAUGGUGGUAGUACGAAGAAAAGCUAAUCGAAGAGUGGUGCAUCGUUCAGAAACGAAACGCGACACCUACGUUAAUCUUUGGAGGGAGUUUUUGGUCUUCCAUUCGAGCGUCAACAAGACGGCUAAGAGGUUGGCCCUGGCCAGAGGCCAAAAGCCGAAUGUUACUAUGAACGUAUCAACGGUAUUUCCCGAGGGACACACUGGGAAUGGACAGGAAACACGUCGUAAAAACUCCUACACUUCGAAAGAAGAUGAAGAUCAGACGAGGGAAUUAUGCUGUCGUGAGUUCACUGUUAUUAUAUCAACGUAUUCACUACUUACAUUCAUGUAUGUAUCUACAUAA